UUACGUCAUUUGUAUCUUGUCUUUCGUUCAACAUGAACGCAUUGAAAAUAUUUUGUCUCGCACUAAUCUUAGUGCUAGUUUGUGUUAUUUUUGAGCCUACAGAAUCUCGUGCGGUACCCAUAAAUAAUUUCCACAGCGAUAUUAUCGUCACUCAUUGGCCUACUACCCCUGCCAACAAGGGACAAGCAGUUGACGACGAUGUGAAUGAACCAGGGUUCAUGCGUAAGCAACUGAUGAAGUUCGGCCAAGCUGCUAGUAACGUGGGCAAUGUGAUGGGGACCCAUGCCACCAAGAUAUCCUCGGCGGUAGACAAGGUGUGUGAUAUCGUGAAGCUGAUUAUCCCACUGCUGGCGGCCAUUUGUCGUGUGGGACAGUUCAAAUUUUGUGCCGCUACAACUUCAGGGCCUGCUGAACUUUCCGAGGCAAUGUCGCCUAGCAAUCUGGACCUUAACAUUCUCGAUAAGUAAAACAGUGCCGUACAGAGUUUAAUUCGUACACUUUUUUAAAAAAAGUGUAAUGUAACUUGUACAUUAUUUAGUAUUUGUCUGAUUUAGUCAAACUUUUUUAAUGGAACUCGUUGUGUGCAAUCUGUAAGCAAGGAAUUACCCACCCUCCUUAAAUACAAGACUAAAAUAUGUAAAAGAAAAAAGUAAAAACUCAUACCAGUUAUUUGUUUUCGGAAUGUUGUGCUAAUAAAAGUUAUUCACAAUCAUCCCAAGUUUUGUUGGAUAUACAGGGUGUCCCGUUCAUGUUUCAAAAAAACUUGUGUGCAAGUUCCUCAUGGAAAAAUAAUAGG